GUGUGAGGAGCGGCGGCGGGGCAGGGUGUAAUGUUCAAGCCCAGAAAUGCCUUAUGUGGAUCGUCAGAAUCGCAUUUGUGGUUUUCUAGACAUUGAAGAAAAUGAAAACAGUGGGAAGUUUCUUCGGAGGUACUUCAUACUGGAUACUAGAGAAGAUAGUUUUGUAUGGUACAUGGAUAAUCCACAGAACCUACCUUCUGGAUCAUCACGUGUUGGCGCCAUUAAACUUACCUACAUUUCAAAGGUUAGCGAUGCAACUAAACUAAGGCCAAAGGCUGAGUUCUGUUUUGUUAUGAAUGCAGGGAUGAGGAAAUAUUUCCUACAAGCCAAUGAUCAGCAGGACCUAGUAGAAUGGGUGAAUGUGUUGAACAAAGCUAUUAAAAUUACAGUCCCAAAGCCGUUAGACUCACAGCCUCAUCCUGAUAACCCAAGUCGCCAAGGCGAAUGUGGAAAGAAGCAGGUCUCUUACAGAACUGACAUUGUUGGUGGUGUGCCCAUCAUUACCCCAACUCAGAAAGAAGAAGUAAAUGAAUGUGGUGAAACUAUUGACAGAAAUAAUUUGAAGCGGUCACAAAGCCAUCUUCCUUACUUCACUCCUAAACCACCUUCAGAUAGUGCAGUUAUCAAAGCUGGAUAUUGUGUAAAACAAGGAGCAGUGAUGAAAAACUGGAAGAGAAGAUAUUUUCAAUUGGAUGAAAACACAAUAGGCUACUUCAAAUCUGAACUGGAAAAGGAACCUCUCCGCGUAAUACCACUUAAGGAGGUUCAUAAAGUCCAGGAAUGUAAGCAAAGUGACAUAAUGAUGAGAGACAACCUCUUUGAAAUUGUAACAUCGUCUCGAACUUUCUAUGUGCAGGCUGAUAGCCCUGAAGAGAUGCACAGUUGGAUUAAAGCCGUCUCGGGUGCCAUUGUAGCUCAGCGGGGACCCGGCAGAUCAGCGUCUUCUGAGCAUGCCAACAGUCCUUCCGAGCCCAAACACGCUCUCCUCCCUGGCAGUGCCGCAGCCGCCGCCCCGCAUUCCACAGCCUCUCGCAGCAACUCUCUGGUCUCAAGCUUUCCCAUGGAGAAGCGAGGAUUUUACGAAUCUCUUGCCAAGGUCAAGCCAGGGAACUUCAAGGUCCAGACUGUCUCUCCAAGAGAACCAGCUUCCAAAGUGACCGAACAAGCUCUGCUAAGACCUCGAAGCAAAAAUGGCCCUCAGGAACAAGAUUGUGACCCCGUGGACUUGGAUGACGCAAGCCUUCCAGUCAGUGACGUGUGAGGUGGAAGCUCGUGGAGCCUGACCCGCCUCAUCAGCCCUCAGUGUCCUUUUCACAAGGUUUCUCGCCAAAGAUGAUAAAGGGGAAGUGGGUUUUAAUGUGUAGAGUAUCCUGCCUCAUCGCCAUCCUCUUUAUAAGCUGGUAAGCCAGGAAGCUAGCAAGUGGCCAAACGAAAUGUAAUUUCUUUAAAAGAAAGAAAAAAGCCCUGUUAGUAUCAACUGUCUGAAGCUUUGUUCUCAUUGGGAUGAUAAAAGUGUGUGUGUGUGUGUGUGUGUGAGACACUUUUUUCUAGUGAAUUUGACAAUUUAACCGCUUCACAAUUUAAAACAUGAAAAAAUGCUUAUUAAUUACUUUGGUUGUUUUAAAAAUGCUCCUGUGACUUCCUAUUAAAUGUUCAGUUCUACACAUUCUUACUGGUUAAUAUUAUUGAUUGAAAUAUUGCCAGACAAAGAUGUCUAAACUCAUGACGUCUGUGGUGCUGUAAAAUUCAUACUACAGUGUGGGCAGUUUUGAAGCGGUAACCAUUUCUGAUGCUCUGGAUCUCAAGGUGAGUAGUGCACUUUGCAUAGAGAGGGUAUUAUUGAACUGUUAGUGAGGGUUGUGGGUUGUACUGUUGGAGAAAAGGGGAGAAUUAGAAUUCAGACAGGUAUAUCUUGGACAUUUGUUUGUAAAAUCUUAGUCAAGAUGUACAGCACAGUCAUUGGUUUUUAUUCAGUGAAAAUUAUUUGGUAUGAAAUUUCUUGGAGGUCUGAUUUUCUUGUCAAAAUUUUGUAAAUAGUUCUUCUAUAUUUGAAUCAGUGGAAGACCUCAUUUAUAUGUAAAGAUACUGCCCUUAGUCAUGUGGUUGUAGCCUCUGCUUUUUGUCACUAGUAACCUGUAGUCAAGUGUUCGUCUUGUUUAGGAAUGUUUUGAGAUUAAUGUGCUCAAAAGUCCUAUGUGAUUGGUUUUAAACAAUUGGGAUAAAAUUAAUUUUUAGUAGCAUAAGUUAAUGUGCUAAGUAGCAUACCAUUUUGUGUUAGAGAUACCAGAAUGUUGUUAUUCUACUGUCUGUGCAAUACAUGUUUUAAGCACAAAUUUGAGUAUACAUUUAAUCAUGGGGAUGUCAAAAAUAUAAGCUCCUCUCUAACAAAUACCGUUAGUUUCAGGUGUUGAAUAAUAGACCAGUUUGACCAAGUACUGUUUCUACGGUUCAGUCUUAAACAUUCGCUUUAAGAAAAUAGUCUUGAAUUUCAUAUGCUGCUAUUUUUUAUGAUAUUUUGCCAUAUUACAGUACUGUUUUGUUUCAAAUUCAUACAUGUCGCUGUUUCUCCUUUUCAUUUUCUCAGAUGACUUUUUGUUUGAGAGCGAGAAAGUGGGAGUGGAUUUCUUAAAUCAGAGUGGGGUCCACAGGUUACUAUCUGUUACACUAGAAUUAUCAUAGCAUCAGUUUAAAAAUCCAAAUGCAUAAAGAAUGCACCACUCAACAUUUUUAUUCAUAAGCUAUUAUUUUUGAAACAUAUUUAGAUUUUUCUUCUUUUUUUGCAGCUACAUUUGAAAAUGGUAGAAUGGAAAGGUUUUAAGUUGUUAUUUUCUCUGCAGAUGCAUCCAUUUCAUUGGCUCUUUUAGAAAGCUCUUUUCAUGGGCACACCUAAGAAGUCUUGUGCAGACAGUUGACGAUAUUCAGGAGCCUAAUGCUGUUUUCUUUGGUACAGCUUCCACACUGCAUGUUCAUUUUAAUAUUUUGGUAUUGGUAAUUUGAUACAUUUCAUAGUAGCAAAAUAUUAGCUCUAUUUUGGGACUUUUUAUAGAACUACCCUUGCAUUCAGUAGCAUAGGAAAAUGUUCUUGUGAUUGUCAGGGUCUUCUAAUAUUUAUCUCAAUACUUUUAUAAUUCUAUGAAAAUUAUUUAAUUAUUUUAAAACAUAUACUUUUCUUGUAAAUAUGUCACAUCCGAAUUGUCAAAGAAUUACUUUGAAUACCUUAAUAUUUGCUGCAUUUUUUUCUGUAUAUAUAACAUGUCUUCUCUCAGAAUGGGAAUAUAUGUGUGCUUCCCGAUGUUUACUUUUAUGUCUGGUAUC